AUUAGAUUUGUAUGGGAAAGCGCAGACACGGAGGUACACAAGGUGCUUAUUGCGAAUAAGUCAAAUUCUUCGGCCUAAAAUGAGCCAAUAAAUAGAAGGGAUAAACGGUAAACCGCCGAAUGAUUAAAUACUGUGUUCCGUAACCGCCGUACAUUUAUAUCUGGCAUUGGUUGUAAGUAAGCGCUCCUCGGGGUGCCGUGGCCGCAAAUUUCUCAGGCCGCAAAUUUGUUUUUUUGUUGCUGGGGAGGAGACCGUUCGUUCACCUCGCUGCUGUUAUGUGCUGCUUGGGCUUUGCUCGAGCAAUUGCAUAAGAACGUCCUUAUGUUGAAUCCAUUAUCCUGUCGGAUCUAUAGGGUGGAUUGAGGACACAUCGCGGCUUUGAAGGAUGGAUGUGGAAUUGUGUGCUGGCGGGCACAGCACCCGAAGAAAGAUGGAUUCAGCUGGCGAAGGGACAGUGGAGGUUGUACCUUUGGAAUUGUACGACUCUGCCAGAGCAAAAAUAGACGCCAACCUACGGUGGCUGUUCGCCAAAGCCUAUGGAAUUGACCACAUCCCAGAGGACCUGCGGGACCCAUUCUACACAGACCAGUAUGAGCAAGAGCACAUCAAGCCCCCCGUCCUCCACCUGCUGCUGUCCUGUGAGCUCUACUGCCGUGUGUGUGCCCUCAUCCUAAAGACGGACCAGGCCGCCUCGCUGCAGUCACACCUGUCAGUUAUCCAGGCCCUGAGCCGUAAAGGGAUCUAUGUCAUGGAGAGUGAUGACACACCUGUCACAGAGGCUGACCUCGCCUGUGUGCCCAUCAAAAUGAGUGCCCACAUGCCGAUGGUUGAUGCCCUGAUGAUGGCCUACACGGUGGAGAUGAUCAGCAUAGAGAAGGUGGUGGCCUGCGUUAAACGCUUCUCCACCUUCAGCGCCUCCAAGGAGCUGCCCUUUGACCUGGAGGACGCCAUGGUAUUCUGGAUCAACAAGGUGAACCUGAAGAUGAGGGAGAUCACAGAGAGAGAGCUUAAAGUCAAGCAUCACCCGCUGGAGUCUCCCAAUCACCAGAAGGUGCGGUACCGCAGGGAGCACACGUCAGGGCGCCAGUUGCCCUUCUUCCCCCUGCUGGAGGACCUGAUGAGGGAUGUGUGUGAUGGAGCCGCGCUCCUCACCGUGGUCCACUACUACUGCCCCAACCUCAUGAAGCUUGACGAUAUAUGCCUGAAGGAGGUGACCUCCAUAGCUGACAGUCUGUAUAACAUCCAGCUGCUCAAGGAGUUUGCCAACGAGUAUCUCAACAAGAGCUUUUACCUAACAAUAGAAGAUAUGCUCUACUCUCCACUGGUGCUCAAGCACAAUGUGAUGGUGUUCAUUGCCGAGUUCUUCUGGUGGUUUGAGACGGUCAAGCCAGAGUUUGUCCAACCCAGGACUGAGGAGUUCAAAGAUGCCCGAGCCAUGGCUCAGCCGAAGAGUGCCCGUCCCUCAGUGCCCAUCUCCAACGCCACCAAGCGAAGCUUCCAGGUGACCCCUGGCAUCACCGAGGCCUCUCUGUCUGUCUCUGCCCAGAGCAGCCCUGAUGUCUCCAACAGGUACUUCCUGCACCCUGCUGAAGACCCUGACCCUCUUACUAAAGGAGGUCCUGCUGCAGCCUUCAGCACCUCCCACCCACUCCUCCCUCUGAGGCAGCGACAACAGAAGCAGCAACAGGGAGAGGAUGGAUCAGGUAGCUGUAUGGUCAGUGUUUUGUCUGUGUGUCUAGGAAUUAGAAACCGCUCCAACUCCUUGGAGAACAGACAGCCACGAGGCUCAGUGCAGGCCUGGCCUGACAAGAGACAGAGGCCAAUGUCAACUCUCAACCCAUACACGUUUGGUAUCUCAGCCACCGACAGCGACGCUGAUAUAGCCUCUGGGGACAGUGUGAGUCUGGCCCGCUCCAUCAGUAAAGACAGCCUGGCCUCUAACGUAGCCAACCUCACCCCCAAACACCAGGGUCUCACCCCCCAGGGCCACACCCUGAUCGGACCCGCCCAGGUAGGCCGUGCUCCAGUCAGCCCUGCACCCCGCCGAGUCAACGGCCACGGCCUGCUGGGAAACGUCAACAUGGAGGAGGAGCAGCUUGUGUCGGUGAUGAGGACUGAUGCGUCAACAGCUCUCCCCAGUCAGGGAGAGGUGAUGCAGCCAACUGCUGGGGCCAGGCCCAAGGAUAGCUUUUACUUAGAACCACUGAUGCCUGCUGUGUUGAAAUCGGCAAAAGAGAAGUCUGUAUGCCUGAAUAAGGAGGAGGAGAGUGGAGAGGUGGGCCGAUCGUGGGGAGCGGGGUCUAUCCGGAGAGUAGAGGGGGUGCCUGGACUCGCGGCGUCGGCCAGGAGGAAAAUCCCCACCAGCCUAAAUCGGACCUCUACUCCCACUUCUAGUGGGGAGUUUGCCGUGUCUACUGAAGCUUCAGUGGCUGGGCCACCCCAGGGACAAGGAGCCUGCAAAAACCUGGUCACCAGUAGUGUGGACCCCUCCUGCAGAGAGCCAUCUGGGGGCUUCUACCUCCACUCUGACAGUGACAACCAGAAUCUUGGUCAGGACCUGGAGCCAGACCUGGACGAGGCUGAUGAGGAGGACCUGGAUGAAGCUCUCACCACCAAGGACCCAACCAGGCCUCGGAAGGCCUUCGACGAGGAGGAAGAGUCAGCCAAGCUGCAGGAGGACCUGAAGGAGAAAGAGGACAAGGAUAAAGGGGAUGAUGGUGGUAGUGGACGCUCCAGCCCUUGUCUCAGCACCCACUCCCAGGCCAGCAGCCUGGCCAGCGGCAGCGUACGCAUGACCAGCUUCGCUGAACGCAAGGCCCAGCAGCGCUUUGGCAGCAACCAUGACCUGCGACCCAGCGCAUCCAGCUCCCAAAGGACCACCCCAGACGGCUCCGAGUGCAGCGGGCCCCUCUCUCUGCCCACCUCCUGGAGGCUGAAGAGGGACCAGAGCCCCUCCUCGCCCCAGGGGGGGCGGGGGGACGGUGGCACCAACUUGCUGGCAUCUGAGCUGGUCCAGCUCCACAUGCAACUGGAGGAGAAGAGGAAGGCCAUCGAGCACCAGAAGAAGAAGAUGGAGGUGCUGUCAGCCAGACAUAGACAGAAGCUGGGCAAGGCUGCCUUUCUGCACAUCGUCAAGAAGGGCAAGAGCGAUACCCUGCCCCACCCGCUCAAACCAGACUACUACUCCAAAGAGGAGCUCAACGGGGACAAAGGGGGGAGCUCGAAAGAUGACUCGUGCCUGGACGCACUGAGAGGGGCCAAAGAGACAGAGUCUGCCACCUCGCCAGUCCCAGAUGCCUUAGAGACAGUGGAAAGGAAGUGCAGCGGUAGCCCCGGUCUGCUGCUGGACGAAGAACUGGACCUGAACGAAUGUAACCGCUCCAUUGAGAUGCUGAAUGACGCUAUCGGCAGCAUCCAGCAACAGAUGAUGCAGCUGUCCCUCCAGCAGGACCUGCUGAUGAAACAGAAUGUACAGUCCCCUCCCGGCCCCCCUCCUCCCAACGACAAGACCAGCGGCUCUGAACCAAAGGCCCAAUCUGCCGCCCACUUUGUGGAGAUGGGCAGCGGCGCACCAACCACAGGUACAGCACCAACCAGGAAACCCCCCAAGCUGACCUCGGCCAGAGGCCCAAGGUCCAAGCCGUCUGAGCUGAAGCUGUUCAAGGAGCACGGGCGGCAGGGCCUUACCUCCAGCAGGGCAAUCACCCCCACACACAGCCUCGAGACCCUGCCCCACUUGAGGCAGUUCCCUGGGGGCAGGUCCCCCAGGGCAGACCCCCCUGACACCAGAACCUCUGUUGGAGGAGAGACAGUCGGUGUGCAGGACAAGCCUGGACGGAGCGCCACCUUUAGGCUCAACGAUGAGGCUAACCUACGCACAGUGGCCCGUAUCGACCCGGUAAAUGUCACCCCAGAAGUGUCCUUUGAGUGCCUGUCCAGUACCUUGAGGGAGGGGGAGCUGAAUUCCUCGGACGGCUCGGGGAAGGAGAACGUCCCCUUAGAGGUGUCAUGGAGCAAAGCCCCCCUGAUAGAGGUGGACCUGUCAGACCUGAAGGACCCAGAGGAGAUGGAGGGAGACUGUGGUCAAAACAGCACCAUGGAUGGGGAAGACGGAGAACAGAAGUCUGGCCUGGGAUUCUUCUUCAAGGAUGAACAGAAGGCGGAGGAUGAGCUGGCUAAGAAGAGGGCAGCGUUUCUCGUAAGGCAGCAGAAGAAGGCUGAGGAUGCCCGGUUACGCAAACUACAGCUGGAGGCAGAGACUGAACAGAAGCGGGAAGAGUCCAGGCGGAAGGCGGAGGAGGACCGGAUGAGGAAGGAGGAGGAGAAGGCCCGUAGGGAGCUGAUCAAGGAGCAGUACCUGAGGAGGAAGCAGCAGGAGCUGAUGGAGGAGCAGGGCCUUGGCAGCCCAGCCAAGCCCAAGACCCCCAAGACCAAGCCUAAGAAACCCAGUCACCAGACUCACAGACCCAAGUCUGCGUUCAGCAGAGAGGAGUCGUCCAGCGACACCUUCUCUUCCAAGUGCUCUUCUUCUACACCUGACAACCUGAGCAGUGCCCAGUCAGGCUCCAGUCUGUCCCUGGCCUCCGCUGCCACCACUGAGGCAGACAGCGUUAACUCUGGAGGAGCAGGAUCCCAACGUGGUGAGUCUGAGUCUUUCCCAGGCCUGAGUCGGAACGCCAGUCGAAACACGGAGAGAGACUGGGACAACGGCUCCACUGCAUCUUCAAUCAACUCCAUGGCAGAAUACACUGGUCCCAAGCUGUUCAAGGAGCCCAGUUCCAAGUCCAACAAGCCCAUCAUCUUCAACGCGAUCUCUCACUGCUGCCUGGCUGGCAAGGUCAAUGAACCCCAGAAGAACACCCUGCUGGAGGAGCUGGAGAAGGUUGAGGCCCACCACCUGAUGAUCCUGUUCAGGGACGGGGGCUGCCAGUUCCGGGGAGUCUACUCCUUCUUCCCAGACACGGAGGAGAUCCUCAAGCUGACUGGCACGGGCCCCAAGAGCAUCAGCAAGAAGAUGAUUGACAAGCUCUACAAGUACAGCUCGGACCGCAAGCAGUUCACCGUCAUCCCCGCCAAGACUGUGUCGGUCAGCAUAGACGCCAUCACCAUCCACAACCACCUGUGGCAGGCCAAGAGAACCACUGUGCCAAAGAAGAGCGGGAAAUAAUCUGUGGAGGCCCUUGGAACUCUGGGGUUCCAUUCCACUCCAUGGUUGUCCUAGGUUCCAUUCCACCCUGCUCUCCUGGAUGAACUGCAUUGAUGUCCACAGCCAAUAAACUCCCUCUAUCAAGCUGAAGGAGAGGCCACGUGUUUGGACAGACACGUGGCCCCUUCAGUUCACACUAAUGUGGGGGCAUGGAUGGAUGUAUGCAUCUGUGCUGGUGGCCUGCGAGUGGGAUUGUCAUCUGCAUGAACCAAUAUGGAGGGUCCUCUUUGUCUGGAUCUCAAUGUAUUCUGUUCAGGGUGUCCAUCGAUCAAUUCAUUCGGUUCUGUUUUUCUAAAGACUCUUAAGAGAAGCAUGUGGCAUUUUUUUUUCUUUCAUGUGGUGGAUUUCUUUUUACUUGAAGUAUUUAUUGGUUUGGCACUGAAUGGUUGAGCUCAGCUGCAGCGUACAUACAGUAGUCCACACAACACUACCCCCCCCCCCCCCCUCGCUCUUAUUGGACUGGUUAUGACCCUACGAACACCACUCUCGCUCUUGUUGGAGGGGGUGGGUUGUUCAAAAUUUCUCUACUGCAAAAUAUGACCUGAAAGGACCUUAUGUCCCUUCAGGACUUAAAGGACCGUUCUGCUGCAACAAAACAAUCUGCAGUCGAACACACUAGAACUCAUCUACCAGACGAGCAUCGCCAACCUUGCCUCUCCAGUUAUCUUUCUGUCCAAUGUGCUGCUUUGAUCUCCUGUUUGUUACCUGGGCUCCUCCCAGACCAUCUGCUGGCCUUCUUCAUGCGUCAUAGUGGUACUGUCAACUGUCUAUUUAUUCAAACGUCAACCGCUUUUAAAUGCAUAUCAGCCUGUUGUAGCACUGUCUAUCUGGUGUGUAGAAUUAUGAUGGUCGUUUUUAAACUACUCGUCUACUCGCCUUUUAACCCCCUCAAACGAGGGUGUGAAGACGAUGAAUAAUAGGCUUUGGUACUGUCGAAAAAUGUCACAACGCUUUUUUUUUUUUUUUUUUUGUUAUUUUUUUUUAUAUUGAGCAGUGUGGUUGGUUAUACAGCAAUUGAGCUGAUGAUAUGUGUUUUUCAUCAUAACAUACAUGAAUCUGUCUGACAUACGUUAGCUAGUUAGAGCUAGUCGUGUUUCUCUUCACUGGGCACUACUAUGUCCUGUAUAAAGGUGCACUCCACUCAUGAUCACGUUUCAAAGGCUUUUAUCAUGCAAUGUACCCCCCUCCCUUCUAUCCCAUGAGUGAUCGGCUACCCACCAGGGGUGUGGGGUCCAUUCCAUUUCAAUUCAGGAAGUAAACUAUCAUUUCAAGUCCAUUGGAAUUAAAAUGUUGGCUUAGUUCCUAAAUGAACUGAUUUGACCCCAACCCUGCUACCCACCCAGCUUUCUCCCCUCCCCUUCUGCAUCCCUUUCCCCAGAGAGCUGGAUGCUCUUGUUCUGAAGAGUGUGUGCGCCCUGCUGUAACCGGUUUGAAUGACAUUAUUUCAUAUAUUCAUAAUGGGUUACUCUGUGGGACUGUGGUCUAUUUAUUUACCUACCAACCAACAUUAAAGAACAUUCCUGAAAGGUGUCAACAAACACUGCCACAAUUUUCCAUUUUUCUCUGUCCAAGUGCUUAUUAUUAGAUACCAUAUGUUGGCCUCAAGAACAACUAAUAAGUGUUGCACGUGCACUUUACUUACUGAGUAUAAAAAAAAGUGGAAUUCAACUUUAAACGGACAUUUGAAACAUAUUGCAAACAAACAGAACAUGGUCUAGUUUUUUAAAACUGAACUCCUGUACACUCCCAACAGAGAAACACUACCCUUCCCGAACUUAAACAAAACACUAAGAUUUAACACUGAGCAGUCGAUUUUAAGAAGUCCUCGUUUCUUCACUACUACGGCUGUCUCCAAAAAUACGUAGAAUACCUGAUUUAUAAUUUGGUUUAUUUUUUUAAUAUAUCUUUUCAAUGUUAGUGUUUUUAUGUUUACUAAAAGAUUGUAUAGGCAUUGAUGACCAUUUGUUGUUACUGUAUGCAAUUUCCAUCCCUGUUCAUUUUACUAUUUCUUUCAGAUCAUACCAUCUAUUUAUUUUAAACGGACGCACUGAAACUGAAUAAAAUUUUCAAGUUAAUAAAACACAUUUUCAUCUU